CUGCGGACCGUCAGGUUUAGGUCCGAGUUUUCGCGUCGAGCUCCAACCGCGCAACGUGCACGACCACGCUGCCAAGCGAGAACAGCACGAGGAGAAGUGGAUCGCCCGCCUUCUCCGAGACAGAAUCGUGCGAAAUUUGGAUCAUCGCUCACAGUACCGAUCGUGGAACAAGGAAGAAUUGUAUUUGGAAUCGAGAAACUCGAACUAAUUGUUGGAGAAGGAGCCAAGCAGAAUCAAACGAUCGACAACUCCUUCGCGAAGAUCGCUCGCGACAUAUUGGUGGAAAAUUAGUGUUUUGUGGACUAGGGAGUGAUUAGAGAGUUUGAACGUGUAGCUGCGUGCGCCGAUUUGACCGGCCUAUCAGCACGUGGCCGCAGGGGUGGGACUUCUUUCGGUGCGCCUUACGGACAUUUAAACGCGGUGAACCCUGUGACAGUCACUCAACGAUUGAGGAAUUGAGAGAUCGACGAAUUAUAAAUCUCUUGACAGUUGCGUUAUCUCAUUAUCAGCUAUUUGAAAUUACGACGAUCGCGACGAUUUGCUUCGUGUCCACCGAAUGUAAAUGAGGAGUAAGUGUGUGGGAACGUUAAAUCGCGAUAAGUGCACAGAACAGGUGAAAAAUAAUUAAUUGUAUGACGAUUUUACCGCGAGUGUGAUCUAGAAAGAGACACGCGUCCUCGAACAGCAUACGUGUUGUUGCUAAACAACAGAAAGCGAUGAAACAAGGACUCCGGCUCUAAUAAGCUUCUAAUUAUCACGACGAGUGCGCUGAUAAUUACGACACGCGCGUGAUCAUCACACAGAUACGCCAGUGUUUUUCAGCGCGAAAUUAUACGUUACGAACAAUAACUGCGAAGCGCACGGCUUGACGCGCACAAAUAAAAUAAUUAAAAUCACAUUACGCGGAAAGGUAAUGUUAUCUACAGGUUAACUGCUCGGUGACGCAUCGUCGCGAGAAUCAAAUCGCAAAAGAAUAUUUGAAAACAUUCCAUUCAUAUCCAGAAUAAUCGUAAAACAGAUCGAAGACGUUUGCCCGCCACGUUUCUUUCAAUCGAUCGCUUAAACUUAGGGCAUGAAACAAGGAGGCGGAACCGACCAAGCAGUGUUUUAUCAAGUCGCGGGCAAUUAACUGUUUGCUUCUUAAUCGCUCCUAAUUACUCGCAAUUACUCGCCGUAAUUAAGUAGGCUGAUGUCACCAGCAGCCGAUGUAUCAGUGAAUCGUCCGUUUCUCGACGCCGAUCCACCAUUGCUAUCAAAACGGUCUGUUAAUAUUCGCCGUAGGAAAAUUACCGGAAGAUCGUGAAACUCGCAAGCACGGCAAGAGACGGCAGGAGGGGAAGACUAGGAGAUAAUUGAAACGAGCCGUGUCGGUGUGAGCGCGACAUCGAAAGAACCAAAGCAAGACAAACGAUUGACCGACGAGAUCGGUACGACCGCGACGGAAUUGCACCGUGGCGGAGAUAAAUAACAGCCGCUUGAUAAACCCGCGUCAGGACGACGUCCCAAAUACAUCAGUCACAAAUCGCCUCAGAUUACGAGUCCCCGGGAUGCAAGGCUGACAUGGCGGAGGGUUCGGCCGAGGAGGAACAGAGCAGUACCGCUGCGCCCGCUUCCCCGCCAGCUGAUCUUCGCACUCUGAACACCCAAUUGUCGCCGCCUUAUCACCACCAGCCCCAUCUCCAGCCUCGUCUUCAGCAUCUGCAGCAUUCCAACAUGCUGGCGACCGCCGUACCGCCCCGGCAUAGCCACAGUAUGCUGUCUCAUCAGGUGAAAGCGGAGGCAGAGCUGGACGCCCCUUGCGAUGUGCCAUUGAAUCUCAAGAGCGAAAUCAACUUGUAUACAACUCCGCUACUGGGCAUCAUGUCGGACAGCGACAGGAGUAGCGCUGGAAGUCCUGAGCCGGCGACAGGUGGUGGUGCACUCCACGAACAUCAAAUGAUGAUGGAUGACAUAAAGAAUUCACGGAAGAGACGACGAAGCCCAUCACCUGAAAAUCUCCAUCAAGCGAAGCGCGCGGCGGUCGCACAAGCUCAUCUAAACGGAACAAUGGCCGGCAUGGUGACACUUCAAAAUCUUCAGAAUCUAGCGAAUUUGCAAAACCUUCCACAAGUCGCAUCACUGGCUGCCGGUCUUCAAGGAAUGACAGCGGGAUUAACUAAUAAUCAGUUAAUCAAUACUCCAUUGAAUUUAACCGUCAGCUCGUCAGGCGGCACGGUACCAACAGCCUCGAGUACGACGGCGGCUCCCCACCUUCUGCCACCUAGCUCAGCCCCAAUGGCGACGUUACCUCAGCUAUUAUCUCAACCACAACCGGUCGCGAUGCCUCAAUUCAUCCUAACGUCCGGUCAAUUGGUUCAAGGCAUUCAAGGGGCUCAGCUUCUUAUCCCCACUUCGCAAGGGAUCGCUACCCAAACCAUUCUGACUAUUCCGGUCAGUCAUGUCACGAAUAAUCAAAUGGUAAACUUGGCACUCAGCAAUGGUCAAGUAGUUUCUACAACACUGGCGAAUCUUCAGUCUCUAGCGCAACCGCAAAACAUGCUUAACACGCCUACAAGCAAUGUUCCCACGAGCCCUAGCCUGGCAUCGGGAUUAGGACUGAAUCCUGCCGCUUUGCCGCAUCUUCUGAGCAAUAGCUCGGCUAGCCAACAACUUCUGAGCGCGAUGCAGCCUCAGCAAUUGCUUCAGGCUGCCCAAGCGGCACAGGCGCAGGCGGCGCAGGCUGUACAAGCCGUUCAGGCUUCUCAGCAACCACUCUUGACAACGUCGCCUCAACAGCACAGCCACCGACACACCUCGCAUAUGAAUCAUUACACAUCAACGGAAAAACAUCACAGGGAGCGACCGGAGCAGUCGUCACCUUUGAAUGAAUCCGUAGUAUCCGCCGCGUCCGCCUUGAACAGAUUGGCCGCCAGCAACGGCGAGAUCACUAUCACGACGACGCAUGGACCCGGUGGUGCCGGAGUGAAGGCCUCCCCGAGCAGUAUGCACAGUCCGAAGGAGGAGGAGGACGAUCUCUUGAAUGAUUCACCGAACCAACCAACGAUCAAUGAGGCCACUAACAACGUAGUCGAUGGGAUCAAUUUGGAUGAAAUCAAGGAGUUUGCAAAAGUCUUUAAACUACGCAGACUGUCUCUAGGUCUGACACAAACCCAAGUAGGGCAGGCCCUGAGCGUCACUGAAGGGCCCGCGUACAGCCAAAGUGCCAUAUGCAGUGCCCUGGCUACCCAGAUGUACGCUGCCUCGCAGAUUGCCUCUCAGCAGCAAGCUACAUUCGAAAAGCUGGACAUUACGCCGAAAAGCGCACAGAAAAUUAAGCCCGUUCUCGAAAGGUGGAUGAAGGAGGCAGAAGAGAGUUCAUCUGAUUCCAGAUACAAAAGCGGCGUUAAUCAUCUGACGGACUUCAUUGGGGUCGAACCGAGCAAGAAACGAAAACGACGGACCUCCUUCACACCACAAGCUUUGGAAUUGCUGAACGCACACUUUGAUAGAAACACUCAUCCUACCGGUAACGAAAUCACGACUUUAGCGCAUCGAUUAGGAUACGAUAGAGAAGUGAUAAGAAUUUGGUUCUGCAACAAGAGGCAAGCUUUGAAGAAUACGGUGAGGAUGAUGUCGAAAGGCGUUGUAUAGGGAAGGACUUCAUCUACUGAUCAACCGAGCAACAUAUGAGAAUAGCUUCAAAUUCCGAGCGAUAAAAAAUACGUUUCGUGACAUUUUUCAAAUUUCGCGUUUCUCUUAGCAUAAAUAAACAGCGUCGCGAGAACGAGAUUUCCAUAAUUCUAUGUCGGAAUACGAAAAAAAAGCGUUUGAAAGAGAGAUUAAUUAAAAAAAAAAAAUCGCAGUUAUUAUGAAAUUUAAUCCGGUGCGGAAAGAUCGUUCUAGAUCGAAGCAAAGUUCUUCGAAUAUUGUGAUCGCAGGUGUAUACGACAUCUAUAUGUAAAUAGCUUUAAUCUACGAAUAUGUGAUGUAUACAUGAGUCGAAUAUCGAGAACUGAUAAUCUAAAAUCGUUGUUUCUCAUUUGGUACCAAUCCGUCGCGCGCUUCCAAUUUUCAUAGAUAUAUAUAUCUACUGGAGAACACUGAUUAGCUGAUCCAGUUUCAAGUUUUGAACGGACAAGUUAGCGGCAAUUGGUAAGCAUCAACGAACCGACGGACGUAAAUGCCUCGACGAUCGAAAUUACUGUGAACCGUUUAUCAAGCAACGACAAAAAAACCACUUUCCGACUUCUCUAAUUAAUUGGAGUUGCUUCAUUCUAAAAUCGGGACAUGUAUGUUUGUCGGAAUCUGAUCGAUUCAAACCAGGCGGAAAGGUAUGCAAAUCGUCGCACAGAUAAUAAUUAAUAAAAAUUUAGCUACCUUUAAAAUGAUUAUUGACGAAAAAGUUAGUACGUAAGCGACGAACUUUGAACAAUUACAUGUGAUUGAUACAUAAUCAAUUGACGUUGCAAUCGAAAAUGCACUAAAAAUCGAAAAACUUGAAGGGCGUAAUCUUUUACGCGCACUAAGAACUGUGAUUGAGUUUGGGUGAAAAUUCUGAAAUAUUAUUGUCUCACGUCGUUAAAUUAUGCAAAUAAAAAUAUCGCUUAAAUAACAAAUGCAAAAGUUCCCUAUUGAUUACGGCAUUAUUCUUUGCAUAUAUACACAGUACACAAUUAGAAGGAGUACAAUAAUAUUUUCAUAGUUUCCGCACGAAACAGGUCAAUCAAGAGUUUUUAGUGCGCGCGAGGUCUGUAAAUUACACGUGUAUUUAGAAAUCAAUGAAAUUCCUUUAGUGAUUAAA